UUGACGUCAUGACAUAAUGUGACUGUGGGAAAAUAAACACCAUUUAUUACUAUGUCCAUUCAAUUAUACUCAAGUUCUGCCAGUUGCAAUUUAACCUUUGUUGCGAUAGUAGCUUGCUACACACACAUGCUUUACAGAUAGGAAGGCAUACCCUUCUAGCGCGCUUCUUAUAGUAACAGGUGCUUGAAAAUAGUUUUGUGAUAAGGACUUUAUGAAUUUUUUAAUGUGGAACGAUAAGGAGCGUACACAAUGACCUGCAGUUAUCAUUGACCUAGUGAGUGAAAUGGAUCGUCAACUACGCCACUGAGUCCAAGACAUGAAUUGCGACGGGUGGACACUUCUCAAGCUUGUACAACUGAUUUUUGUGAUAGCCUGCUUGGUGACCAAAAGAGCUACUGAUGUGGAAUCCUACAGAUUAUUCCUCUACCUCCAGAAAAUAUCUAGAGAGUGGAGGCUCCUCAGGAAUGUCACUUGGGGCUCCUUAGGGUCAUCCUUCGCUGAUGCUACCUACGGAGGCUAUCUCAUUAUAACCUCAAUCUUGUUCAUUUCAAGGAUCAUUGGUGAAAUACCCACUCACAAAAGAGUCAGCGAGUAUCUCUUUCUAGGGCUUGGUGCCAUCCUGUACAUAAUACUAGGUACCUUGGAGCUUUUCGCCAUAGAUGAUCUACCUCCAGAUCUUGUAGAUAACGCCAUUAUCAUUGGUACAUUGUCCCUCAUCACUGCUGGUCUCUUCCUCAUAGACAUGGCCGGUCCUAAGUCUGUCAAGCCGGUCAAACCUGCACAACUCCGCAACCUCCAACAACAAUUGGAAAGACAAAACUCCAGAGAGUUGAACCCUUCGAAUAACAACACCCAAGUGACCUUCAACCUAGGAAAAAACGACGGUAAAACUGAGAAGGUGAUGAUAACAGAAAUAAAAGAAGUUCAAAGAAAUGGUGGGAUCAGUAAUGGACAGACGGCCAUGAAGAGUGGAGAAACAAGGGACGACGUCGAUGGAGUUAUGAAGAGAGAUAAUGGAAGAAGGAAAACUGUGGAAUCUCCGAAAAGCUUUGGGAUUUUCGGUAAAGAUUUGGAAGAGACGGGAGGAAACAGCGAUACGGAUGAAAUUGAUGAUACAAUUCCGCCAAAGAUGCAACAACAUUCGCCAGUUUGGAGUAAAAUAAGAAAGGGGCAGUAUGGUAGAUAUGAUGUAGUUUCGCCAAAUUUCAUGUAUCCUGCUGGAGAAUCCGAAGAUGAGCGAUCACCAAGUGGUCCUGGUGAUCCAGGUUUCGUGCAGUUUGCUGCUAAAACUUGGGGUCAGACUGGAGUGAAGACACCAAGGCAUAGCCCAACUCCUGUUUGAGCAAGGAAAUUAUGAUUUGGUAGACUUUCAAAGACACUUCUGUUCCCACUUUUAAUAUGUGUUCAUCU